AACAAAAACAAAAAAUAGAAACUUCUGCUGACUCACCAUCUUUUUUAAGCCACGUGGGAUUCACUGUCUUCUUUCCCAGGUAGGGAUAACAGGCUUAUAACAGCAGGCAGAUAUCAAUUCCUUCACAUGCAUGUGGAAAGUGCCCUCUUUCUUUCUUUUCUUUUCUAUUUGAUUUUCGAACACAUACACACACACACACAUAACAAGAACAAUCUGUGAAUAUACCAUCCAACGCCAUGGCCUGGUUCAGGAAUCUCAGGCAGCUUUCACCCACCACCAUCCCCCCACCACUCAAAUCCACAACGCCCUCCUUCACCUUCCUCCUUUCACAUUUUAGCUCUCAGCCCAUGGAGGUGCCGCCGCCGGGCCUCAGCCCCACGGUGCCUGGCCAGAAGCCGAGGGUAGUGGUUUUAGGAUCUGGCUGGGGAGGCUGCAGAUUGAUGAAGGGCUUGGAUACCACCAUAUACGACGUUGUUUGUGUUUCCCCUCGCAACCACAUGGUCUUCACCCCUCUUCUCGCCUCAACCUGUGUUGGAACUCUCGAGUUCAGGUCCGUUGCCGAACCAAUCGUCCGGAUCCAGCCUGCCAUCUCUCGCGAACCGGGUUCAUAUUUCUUCCUUGCUAAUUGUACUGGCGUUAACCCUGAAGAACAUACGGUACAAUGUGAGACUGUUACUGAUGGAUUGAACACUUCGGAGCCACGGAGGUUUAAGAUAUCAUAUGAUAAGUUGAUUAUAGCAUUAGGAUCCCAGCCACUAACUUUUGGGAUUCAUGGUGUCAAAGAACAUGCCUUCUUUCUUCGUGAGGUUUCUCAUGCCCAAGAAAUUCGUAGAAAGCUGCUAUUGAACUUGAUGUUGUCCGAUGUUCCAGGGAUCUCUGUGCAAGAGAAACGCCGGCUUCUACAUUGUGUUGUUGUUGGAGGAGGUCCAACUGGAGUUGAAUUCAGUGGGGAGCUUUAUGACUUUAUCAUAAAGGAUGUUAGUCAAAGAUAUACUCACGUGAAAGAUUGUAUCCAAGUUACUUUGAUUGAGGCAAAUGAGAUAUUAUCUUCCUUUGACGCUCGCCUCCAACGCUAUGCUACUAACCAAUUGACAAAGUCAGGAGUUCAAAUUAUACGGGGAAUCGUCAAAGAUGUUAAACCUCAGACCAUCUUUCUCAAAGAUGGCUCUGAGAUUCCUUAUGGGUUGUUGGUUUGGUCUACUGGCGUUGGUCCCUCUCCUUUUGUAAAUUCCUUGGAAGUUCCUAAGUCUCCUGGUGGCAGGAUCGGUAUAGAUGAGUGGUUACGUGUUCCUUCUGCGGAAGAUGUGUUUGCAAUAGGUGAUUGCAGUGGGUUCCUAGAGAGUACAGGCAAACAAAUUCUUCCAGCUUUAGCUCAGGUAGCAGAGCGUCAAGGCAAAUAUUUAGCAACCUUGCUGAAUAAAGUUGGUAAAGAAGGUGGGGCACGAGCAGGUAGUGCAAAAGACUUGGAUCUUGGAGAACCAUUUGUCUACAAGCACCUAGGAAGUAUGGCAACUAUUGGAAGAUACAAGGCUCUUGUUGACCUUAGGCAGAGCAAAGCAGCAAAGGGGUUAUCCAUGGCAGGGUUCGUCAGUUGGUUUGUUUGGCGUUCGGCUUAUUUAACCCGAGUCAUAAGCUGGAGGAACAGAUUGUAUGUGGCUGUGAACUGGGCAACAACUUUCAUCUUUGGUCGUGAUAUAAGCAGAAUUUAGAUUUGGAAGUAAGAGUUCACAAAAGAACAAAAAGAAUAAAAGAAUGUUUCCAAGUUGGACCUCAACGAUCAUCAUUUUAAGUUCAUUAGUACCAAAAGUUGCAAGUUGUUCACCAAGAUAAUAACAUCUUGCUGCAUGAGAUUUGCAGCCGAAUUAUCAGAUUCUUCUGGGUUCACAUGAAGAUCUGAAUAAUGGCUGUCAUAUUGCAAUUUCGCAGCAGAAGCUCACAGUUCAGUUUAUUUCAAUCAAACUGUUAUUGGGUUAAAUCCAAACCAUACUAUUGUAUAUGUUGAUAGAAACUAAAAUAAAGCCAAUCAUUAGUAUUAUAAGCUUUGUACUGAGACUUCAAUCAGUACUUUUCAAUGGAAUUAUUUCAUUAGCCAUUAUUUCAA